UGUGACGCUCGUGACAAAAGCUUCAGGAAAAGUUUGCGGAGCUAAGUGUAUACGGAUUGUUUCACCGCCUGCCAAGGUCGAACAGGCCCAACAUCACCCAUAAAUUUAGUUUUGAAUGCAUGAACUUUCAGAAAAGAAUGAAUGAAAAAGAUGUUUUAUAGUUUCAACAUGAUUUCCCACACUUACGGCUCUUCUCACAAAAAACUUAACACAGCUUUUCGUAAAAAAAAAAAAAAAUAUACAUAAAAAUAAAAUCUGGUUACAACUAUAAUCAGUGGAUUGAAAUAAGUUGAUUUUAAACACUUUAACCUGUGCUCAUUAAGGAGAAGAAAAACACAGGAAUGCAAGGAAUUCGUCAUUACUUUUCUGCAAUUUGCUUCCUUUCCCUGAUAGCAAGCUUUACACUUAGAGUUAAUCUAAAUGUAGCUAUAGUAGCCAUGGUCAACAGUUCUGCUGUUUAUAGUGACGUAAGGAAUGAAUCAGAAUCAAAUGGUCUUUAUUGCAGCUACAACGAUACCCUCAACAGAAAUGGAAGUCAGCCUAGAGAUAAAACAAAGGACGGUGAAUUUCUGUGGUCUCCGGCAACUCAAGGCAUUAUAAUUGGAGCUUACUUUUAUGGUUAUUGUAGUUGUCAAAUUGUUUCUGGAAGACUAGCUGAAUUGUACAGCCGUAAAUGGGUAUUUGGUAUAGGCUCAUUCCUUGCAUCAGUGAUCACUCUAUUAACACCACUUGCUGCCUAUCACAGUGUUACAGCUAUUGUUACAGUAAGAGUAUUGUUAGGAAUUUCGCAGGUAAUAUUUCACAGUAAUGAAUCUUAUAAAUUUUUUCUGAUUUUUUAUAAUUUAAAAUUUUCUAGGCAUUUAAUUUCAUUGGUAUUAGUGUAUCUGUAAGUUAUAGUUCACGUAAUCCAAGAACUAAUUAGGUUGAAAAUUUCAUUGAUAUUUAAUGUAACUUCUAGCGACAAGCAGAGCAAACAAAUAACUCAAAAUAGAAGCUAUUCAUUAACUGAAGAAAGAUAUAUAUAAUUUUUUUUUUAAAAAUAAGGAGAAUAUUAGAAUAAGCUACAGUCAGC